UCCCAAUGAGAAGGCCUGGUCGCACAUCGCGCUUGUGUUUUCACGUGUUGUAAGUUGUAAACUCAUCGGGAACUUUUUCGUCGGAAAUAACCUUCGCUUUUAUUGCAAUGGACAAAGAAACGAAGAAAAGUCUAAAAAAGAAGAAGCUUAAGAGCAAGAUGAAGCGAUCGGAAAAGAAUAAAACCGAAGAAUUAGUAGCUGUGAAUAAAGUCGAGACAGAUGAUGAUAAUCCAGAAGAGACUGAGGAAGACUCUGGUAAUGUCAGUGACACAGAGAGAACCGAAGAAUCUACGCUUCCCUCAGAGGCAGCAUUGCCGGAUAGCCAUGAGUUUUCAGCCCUGAGUGAGGAUGUGAGUGAGAAGACACUUCAGGGUAUCAAAGACAUGGGCUUCACCACAAUGACAGAGAUUCAGCACAAGAGCAUAGCUCCUCUUCUUAAAGGAAGAGAUCUUUUAGGAGCUGCUAAGACUGGAAGUGGGAAGACAUUGGCGUUUCUUGUGCCAGUUGUUGAACUACUCUACAAACUCCAGUUCAAAACUAGAAAUGGAACUGGCGUUAUCAUAAUUUCCCCAACUCGAGAGCUCUCGCUACAGACGUAUGGAGUAGCUCGAGACUUGCUGAAGCACCACAACUUCACCUAUGGGAUUAUCAUGGGUGGAGUCAAUAGAAAGGCUGAAGCUGAGCGGUUACAGAAGGGAGUCAACCUGCUCAUUGCAACGCCAGGAAGACUAUUGGACCAUCUUCAGAAUACACAAGGAUUUUUAUACAAGAACUUACAGUGCUUGGUCAUCGAUGAAGCAGACAGAAUUUUGGAGAUUGGUUUUGAGGAGGAGAUGAGACAAAUCAUUAGAAUACUACCAAGCAAGAGACAGACAGUUCUGUUUUCAGCAACACAGACAAAGAAUGUUGAAGAUCUGGCUAAGCUGUCUUUGAAGAGGUCACCGUUGUAUGUUGGAGUGGAUGAUCACAAGGAGACAUCUACUGUUGAGGGCUUGGAACAGGGUUACAUUGUUGUUCCGUCAGAGAAGCGAUUUCUUGUCCUGUUUACGUUCCUGAAGAAAAACAGAAGCAAAAAGGUCAUGGUUUUCUUCUCAUCUUGUAACUCAGUCAAGUACCACUCAGAACUGCUUAAUUACAUUGACCUUCCGGUCCUGGAAAUACAUGGAAAGCAAAAGCAACAAAAACGAACCACCACCUUCUUCGAAUUCUGUAAUGCCAAGUCAGGGAUAUUACUCUGCACAGAUGUGGCUGCUCGAGGGCUGGAUAUCCCCGAGGUAGACUGGAUUGUACAGUACGAUCCUGCCGAUGACCCAAAAGAAUACAUCCAUCGCGUCGGGAGAACAGCCCGUGGCACUGAGGGCAAAGGCCAUGCCCUAUUGUUCUUGCUUCCAGAAGAACUUGCUUUUCUUCGAUAUCUCAAGCACGCAAAGGUUCCGCUGAAUGAAUACGAUUUUUCCUCAUCCAAAAUCCUCAACAUACAGUCACAGCUUGAGAGGUUGAUAGAAAAGAAUUACUACCUACACAAGUCGGCGAAAGAUGCUUACAAAGCGUACAUACAGGCGUAUGCCUCCCACCAGCACAAGAGCAUCUUCAAUGUGAACUCUCUAGACCUUCAGAGGGUCGCCCUGUCUUUUGGAUUUGCUGUUCCACCAAGCGUCAGCCUUAACGUUCACAGUAGCAAGGGUGAAAGAAUACAGCGUCGAGGGGGAGGCGGAGGAUUCGGCUACAAGAGCCAAAACCAAAUUGCUGGUAAACACGGCAAGCAGAAGGUCUUCAAUUUUAAGAAGGGGAAAGAUAUCCGGCAAUUCGCAAGAUGACAAAUGCACUUACCAAGAGGUAGAAAACAGCUACUGGGGUGCUCAAUAUUCCGCAAACUCUUGCUGACUAUUCGACCGUCAUCCGGCCCGUAUCCAGGAUUUUCCUUGGAGGAAGUGCAAAAUUUGAAAAGGUGGACCUAAUUUUUUCGGUGGUGGGGGAAGAGGGGGGCGGGGGGAGGCUGGAGGAAAGAGUGAGUUAUCUGAUAAGACCUGACCACCCCCAAAAGAACAAUAAUGGAUUUGUUUAAUGCCAUUGCAGUAUUUCCACAGGGCGUUUAUUAUCGGAUUUGGCUACAAAGAAAUUGUGACUUUUAGAUUUAUGACACAUCAGAUUGAUCUAAUUUGCUUAUGCUUUAAAGUUUUGUCUACAAAUGACACGUCUAUUGCGAACCAGAAGUGGAUGGUUGUUGUGGGGGGUGCGAACACACCCCCUACACCCCCAGGGUACGGACCUGGAGCCCGUAUCUCAAAACUCCCGGUAAUUAACGGGCCCGUAAAACUUAUCGGGAGACUUUACGGGGAAGUUUAUCGGGUUUGAGGGAGUGUUUCUUAAAACUUCCGAUAACCUCCCGAAUUUAUCGGAACCCGUAAUCAAUAUAAUAUAAAUGUCUAGCCAUUGCAAACGCUUUGCUCAAAUUAACAAUGAAUUAACGGAACACUCAACAAUUUGUCGAUGCUACAUGACAAAAUGUAUUUCAAGGUUUGCAUUUCCAGCGAAAAAAGUUAAGAUAUUAGCUAAAAUAUCCAAAAACAUGAGCAACUUGUAGUGAAAUCUUGCACUGAGUGUGACUGUCUGUUUACAAUUCUCGCGAGCAGCAUUUCAAACUGAAUGACAGCUAGCUUUCAAGAGAAUGAAUUUUUGAUUGGUUGAGGGGCGAGAUGGUCGCCUCUGAUUGGUGCAGGUUUACCGGGACGACGUAAAUCGGCGGGAGAACCAUACCGGGGAAGUUUACGUGAACGGUGCCACUGCGAAGGGGAAAAUUUUCAAAGCAAAACAAGACGGUCAAAAAAUGGUCAGUUUUGAAGCAAAAAGAGACAAAUUUUGGUAAUUUCAACUUGACAGGGUGUACAUGAAUAACUUAGCUCCACUCUGUGCGAAUAAUUUAAAAACAAAUGAAUUUUGAACUUUAUAACGGGAGUUUUGAGAAACACCACAGAUUUAUCGGGAGGACUUAAAGCCGCAUUCUCACCAGUUUACUUCCGGAGGUCCGACGGAAACCUCAACCGUUAAAAGACAAAAGAAUCUAUUAGAAUCCGAGAUAUUUAACAGGCCAUCCGCUCUAAAUAAUCGAUCACAUCCUCGAAGAAACUUCCAAUAGACACACUGCUUUCAAUAUUUUUCGCGUUUUCCGUUAAAAAUCAUCGGAGAAUGUUACGUAAUCGACCGGAAGUAAACUGGUGACAAUGCGGCUUUAACGGGUAUGUUAGCGGGCCCGAUAAUUUACCGGGCGUUUUGAGAAACGGGCCCCUGGUCAUUCAAAAUCAGCGUUUUCAUUGGCAAGCACUGAGAUGGCUUCCAAUAACUCCAGGGCUCUGACCAAUCAAAAUGCACAACAAACAAUAACAAAUUAGUUUAUUUCAUACCCGUCAUAAAACGAUUUAGUCGGCAAUUGACAGCUGUAAUGAUUCACGGGUACAUGCCAAAUGUAUUCCCGUUAGUUUGAUUGACGGAUGCCAGAAAGCGGGUUGGAAAUUAUUGACAAGAGUUAGCGAAAUUUUGAAAAUAUUUUCAGUAAAUAUAUUACCCCUGUGGUUUUUCAGAAAAGGUUUAUUGGUGUGUUUAGUCCAAAUUUUGGCUCAGUUCCUUUUCCCAAAAAAAAUGUGUACGCACACCUUACUAUUUAAUAAACCAAAGACAAUAAUAUGUGUUUUGCAGUCCUUUUUAUUAUUACAAUAUUAUGCUUUCAAGGCUUGCUUUGUAAUUUAGCCACAUAUGUCAGCUUUCUAUAAACACCAUUUAUAACUUUCAUAAUAAAAAAUAAUCUCCUUGCA